GUGUGUGUGUCUCUCAUCACAACCACACUCAUCAACGACAGGACUUAUCAUCUUCACUCUUUACUUAUGAGUGACCCAUCGAGGCGGAACAUCGUGGACGAAGACAGAGGGUGAAAACAUGGAGGCAGACGGUGUGAGCAUUUGGCCGCGCAUGGAGCCCUUCUUACUGGGAGCCCUGCAGGUGGCUCCCCCGUCCAAACUCAGCCUGCACUAUCUCAGAAAGAUGGCGUCGUACGUGCGAACGCGUGACGGCUGCUUCCCCUCCAUGAGCUGGCCCAUGUGGAGGCACAUUGCCUGUGGAAAGCUGCAGCUCCAUGAAGACCUGGCAUGGCUCUACUUUGAGACCUUCGACCUCCUCAUAGGCCACGUUCCAGAGGAGAGGCUGGAGUGGGCCGAGUGUCUCUCCCAGUGCUCGGAUAAAAGCGAGCUGGACCAACAAAGGAGCAGGUUAUCUGUGGACACGCUGCAGUUCCUCCUCUUCCUCUACAUCCAGCAGCUGAACCGUGUGUCUCUACGCACCUCUCUGAUCGGUGAAGAGUGGCCCAGCAUGCGAGCUCGAUCUCCGUCUCGAUCGGACCGAGAGGCCAAGACCAGCUCCCAGAACAAGAACUGGGACGAUCAGGCCCACCUGUCCUUUGUGCAGAGUCACCUGGGAGAGAUUCUGGAGCUGCUGGUGGAGCCGGGUCAGCUGUCUCAGUCUGGACAGGUGCUCAGAGGCUGCCAGAUCUCCCUGGAUGCUCUGCGCAGCCUGGCUCUCCUCCUGGAGGGCUCAGCGGGUCCCGGCAGAGCGGUGCAGCCCGUCCACCGGCUGCUCACCAAACCCCCGCUGCAGACCCAGGCCGGGUUCUGCUCCGCCAGCCGCUGCUUCCCCCUGCAGAAGCUGCUCCUCUGCCUGCAGAACAGACUCGCUCUCAACCCCUUUGGGAUCACCGCCUGCCUGCAGUCAGGGAAGAAGCUGGCCUGGGCUCAACAAGUGGAGGGGUCCAUGAAGAGAGCCAGAAUAGCCAGGAACACCCACGCGGCCCCCCCCGGCAGUAAGAUGGUUCUGAUGUCGCAGAUCUUCAAACAGACUUUGGCCAAAACCUCAGACAAGCUGAACGGAGCCAACAUCAAAAUCCACCGUUGUGCCGACGCCUUCAUCUACCUGCUCUCUCCUCUCAGAUCAGUGAGUUUGGAUAAAUGUCGAGACUGCACCGUUGUUCUUGGUCCCGUUGAGACCAGCGUUCACAUCCACAGCUGCCAGAACCUGCGUGUGAUGUGUGUGUCGGGCCGGAUCGCCAUCGGGGUCUCCUCGCGUUGCACCAUCCACACGUUGACCCCCACUCGACCUUUGCUCCUCCCAGGAAACACAGACAUUACUCUGGGGCCUUUCCACAUCUUCUACCCCUCUCUGGAGGAUCACAUGGGCAGCGUGGGGCUCGCUGUGGUCCCAAACGCCUGGGAUAGACCCUUACUUGUGGGUACAGAGGGUCUCUUUAACCCCUCACUCAACUCCUCGUCCAAUCCGGCCCCCCUCUGUUACCGCCUGCUACCUCCAGCUGAGUUUAACACCUUUGCGGUGCCUUUCGAGAUGGAGGGCGACACGUGCGAGGUGCCGGGGGGGCUACCUCCUCUGUACCAGGCGGUGGUGGAGGAGAAGGAGAAGAGGAUCCAGAACUGGCAGAAAACGGUGUUGGAGACCCCGCUCAACAAGCAGCAGAAGCAGCAGUUCCAGGAUUUAGUCGAAGUCAAGUUCCACGAGUGGCUUUUGGAAACGGGUCACCGGCAGGAACUGGACAGCCUCAUCCCCCCCGCUGUGAACUCUUUAAAGGACUCGACAACAGACACACAGGGAGUCAAUCACACCAGAGACAUGAGGACUGGACGGGCAGUGGGACAGUCGCCUAUGGCUUGUUGAAGCUUUAUUUGGGUCUUAAAGUAGCAACACAGAAAUGCACAAUGGCUACACGUAUUCUGUGUGACAUUUGGAGUAUUAUUGUACAGGAAGUGUGUGUUUUUUACACCUUACUCUGGUACAUACACAGCUAUAGAUCCAGCACCUUAUGUCCCACUUUGCAGGUCCCAAGUUAUUGAUCCCACAGUCCAUUUAUUUUCUUUAAUUUCCUCAGUACGACCGAAAUAGCUGAUUCUCCACAUUAGGCUUGAUUAAACAAUUGGUCAGUUUACCAGAUGUUGUCUAAAUAUGUCUGUUUUUGUAUGAAUUCACUCUGCUAUGGCUACAUGUGUUCUGUGUGACAUUUGGAGUAUUAUUGUACAGUAAGUGUGUGGUUUUUGACGCCUUACUCUGGUACGUGUGCAGCUGUAGAUCCAGCUUGUAUGGUACCUUAUGUCCCACUUGUUCUUAAGUGGAAAGCUGCUGUACAAGUCCUUCUGAAGAAAAGGCAGCUAAGUGUUUAAGUAGGGAGUGUUUUGGCAUGUUGUUCAGUAACAUCGCUGACACCACUCUGUUGAGGAGAGCUGUAGACUCAAACAAACACGGGUGUAGCAACGAUGAAGUCACCACAGAGUUUUAAAGGGGCAUUUUUGAACAAGCUGAGAUUGGGUUUAAAGCUGAAUGUCGACUUUUGGAGACAGAAAAUAUAAAACGGCUGGAAAAAAGUGUGUGAGAAGGAGCAAGGCACUAACUGUAGCAGAUACAGAUAGGGUCUAAAGUCAGUGCUCUUUAAUGGACUAACUACUCUCUAAAACAAUGUUGAAAUGGCCAAGUAAAGAUGGAGAUGCUAAUAGAUGUAGCACUUUGGGUAUUUAGGACAUGUUGGUGCACCUACAGCAACUAGCUCAGGUCAGCGUAUGUUUUGUGUUUAUAGCCUAUGAAAAAAGAGCAAUCAAGUGUUUCCGUUAUGAGGGUAAAAGAAAGAAAUAUUAACAUAACUUAUUUGUAUUAUUGCACCGUCCACACUGUCUUUGUAUGAAAGGGGUUAGCUGUACUUCUACAUGUUGCUUUCCCACAGUCUAUUUUUUUUACCAGCUGUCGAAAGGAAAUAUUUGCAGUGAAGCAAACAUGUUUCUGCUCGGUUAUAUUUUGUGGAUUUUUUUUCUUUCAUUUCUUCAGUACAACCAAAAUAGCUGAUUCACCACAUUAGGCUUGAUUAAACAAUUGGUCAGUUUGUCAGCCGUUUCGUGUGAGUUCCCCUUGCUAAAUAUGUAUAUUGGAGCAUUAUAGUAAGAUUAUUUAUCAUAAAUCUUCCCAAUGUCCUGCUUUGAUACCUCCGAGUGAACUUAACUUCUUAUUUUCCCAUUAGGACUCACAUUAUAUUCACUAGAACUGCUGCAAUAUGAUAACUUAGGCCAAGUUGAAGGUGAAGACAAUGCAGUUAAACAUAGGAGAAUAUUACUGUAAACGUUAUCUAAAAGCUGGGAUGUGUGUGUAUAUUAUUUUUCUGAAGAUGUAUUGUACUAACUCCUUACUGCUGUUGAACUGCCCCUCUGUCUGAACACACGCACCUCUCUGCUGUUUCUAUACGAAGAGCACAAUAUCGUUUUUUAAUGUCAAAGAAAUAAUAAAGAUUUUGA